AUGGCACCUCAGGGCGUCAAUCGAUAUGCUCUCCUUCGCGAAGGCGAUGAGAACGUCUCAGCACCGCUUCCAGGCAUGGAUGCUUCCAAGAACCCGUUCCUGAAUCAAGUCGCAGAUGAUCCUCUACCAUGGCAAGACGUCAAGAAGCGCGGCGUUCCAUCAGUACAGGCAGUCGCUUCGAACCCUCGAACGUUAGUCAUCAGAGACGUGAGAAAGAGUCUCUCUCGACCCAAUACCGAUAACCCAACACGCAUACGCGCUACAUCGAACGCCACGACCACCAGCGACAAGUCUCACGACCCACAUGAGAACUGGUGUGGCGCCUGCAACAUCAAAUUUUCUAACAAGGCUGCACUUCAGAACCACGUAAAGCAGAAUCCGGACCACAAGUACUACUGCAACCUCUGUGUUCGCGUCUUCAAAGACCGGAAUGGUCUCAAGAAUCAUGUCGACCAUACCAAGGGCCAUGAUACCUUCUGCAACCUGUGUCUGAGCGCCUUCAAGGACGAGUGGGCCCUCAAGAAUCACUUCGAGAACAACUUCCAUGUCGGUCAUUCUUUUGUAUGUUUGACAUGUCUGCUAGGCUUCCACAGUCAGAUGGAGCUGGACAAGCAUCUGAAUACGGCGAAGAAGCACACUUGGUGCAUGACCUGCCACCGUUCCUUCCGCUCACAGGACGAGCGUGACAAACACUGGAGAACGACUACAACGCAUAAGCACUGCCUCCAGACUGGCUGCGACUUCGACGGACCAGACAAUGCCACCUUGGAGGCACACCGCGAACGUGAUCACUUCAGAUGCGAUGGCUGCAAGCGUAUCUUCCCAAGUCAGACUAAGCUGUUCCAGCACCAGGAAGACUGCGAUUUGCCAGUCCUGUGCUCUCAAUGCAAGGAACCUUGUGCUGGCCAAGGAGGACUCGUUCGCCACCUGCAGCAGUGCUUUGCCUGCGAUCAAUGCGGGUUCUAUACUCCACACGAGGGCAACCUACGCAUUCAUAUGACCAAGCACGCGAUUGCCGCCAUACCUUGCUGGGCCUGUGACAUGCCCAUGCGCACGUUCUCGAGCCUCAUCAACCACCUCGAGUCUGGUGCCUGCUCCAAGUUCCACGAACCUUAUCUCCUGGUUAGAUUGCUCGGCGAGUGGUGGUACUCCUCACUCUUCAUGGAUUUGGAUAUCCACGCGCAGAUCCGCACCGCCCGUAUCGACGUCAACGAAGUGCAAGAGUGGAUGCACGAUGGGAUCCUCAUGCCCUUCAUUUGCCGCGACGAUGGCUGUAAGAAGACGUUCGGUCAUCUGAGCUCGUUGGUGCUGCACUUAGAGUCUCAGGCAUGUGGCUGGGAUAUAGAGCGACUGAACGCUCCUGGUCUGGAAUCUCUGUUCAAGAGCCGGUGUUUGAGAAGAGACAGUACUCAGGACUGA